AUGGCGCCUAGUAACUUGCCUCCUGAGGGAUUAAAUGGGCGCAUAUCUGAAGUUCACAAGUCCGACGGGGGAGCUGUACACGCCAGUCAUGGAAUGACAAAAAGAGAAGACGACAUUAAUAAAACCACAAUGCCGAAGUCUGGAAACGGUAUUAUUCCUAACGCAGGGAUAGACAGAUCGCCACAUUCGGCGGCAAUUGCUGGUUUGGUUGAUGAAGAUGGAUUCGAACGUGUUAUGACCGCUGCAGAGCGUAAGGCAUUGCGCAAGAAGGCAGCCGCCCUUGCCCAGGCAGAUCACGCUUCACAACAAAAUGUCGCCAAACCCAAUAAGGAUAAUUGCGAAUCUAUACUGAAUAAGUUUAGAACUAAGUUAAAGAACUAUGGGAUUGAUUGCACAGUUAUACCUAUAACGUCGGAUGUGGCGAUUACAUGCGAGGCCUCCAUUGAGGAACUUAACGAUCUCAUCGAGGCGCUUGACGCUGCAAUCAAAUCUGCAUCAGAGGGUGUUACUAAACCAAUACAGUUCACAACACUGGAGGAAGUCGACAAGAGGAUACGUGAUACCACAGAAAAUCUUAAACGUCUAAAGACACAACGUGGCAAGGGUUCCGGACCCAAGCCCGGUGAAGUUGAGACAGUAGCUCGUGAGAGCGAAGUUUAUAUUGCCUAUUUGCGUGAUCAACGUGUGGUAGUUGAGGCUUUCCAGCGCAUGAAGACAUUCAAAACGAAAUUGUAUCAAUACAAAAAGGCUGUUUUGGAUGCCAUUGCCCUUCGUUCAGCUGCUGCUAAACGCGCCAACGCUAUUAUGGAACAAGCAGCGAUGACUCCUGAAUCGAAGACAGUGCGACAACAGGAGUACAUUUGUGGUAUUUUGCGCAAUUUGAAGGGUGAUAAGGGUGCACCGUUAGACCCGUCCGCUGUAAUCAAAACCGAAGUGGUUUUAAUGGCAACCGCCAAUCGUUUCCAACCACCCUACAACUACCUUAAACGCAUCAAAGAGCGUUUUUGUGUACACAUCGACCCCGUGGACUCGUUCAGCCAAGAGGUGGCUGCUUUGCGUAUAUGUGUCCAUGGUGAGAGUGGCGACGUAGAGGAGUGUAUCAAAUUCCUUAAGGAUUUGGACUUCCACUGGACUAAGAAGGUUAACGUAGAUUUUGAACGCCUAAAAAAGGUGUUUGGCGGUAUAUCGGGAUUAUCAAAAAUUGAGGAAUCGUUCAAUGUACUCACUUUCUAUUACCAAGGUGUGCUGGAUCUCAUUGGCAGCCGUGAUGGCGUCAAUCUAGCUGCGAACUACAUGGAAGAGAAGAUUGCCACAUUUGAUAAUGAUGCAAGUGGUAAAAAGGUUGAAAGCACCAGUGUCAGCAGUGCUCCAGCGACGUUGGCUGAACACGAAGCUCGUCGUAUUCAGAUUCGUCAUGACUUUUUGAUUUGUAAGGCACUUUCCACGCGAUUCAGACCAUGGGUACGUGCUAUAGAGGCCGAUCUUGGAGUCAUCGUCUCUUUUGACUUUUCACCCAAGGAUGGCAAGGGUGCUCUGAAUAUCAAUGUAGACAGCAACUACAAGUCCGCCGACAAAUCCGCAGCAGACUCUAUAAAGGCCGCUGUUACACAAGUAGAGGAUUUGAUAGCAUCAAUGGGCAGCCUCGAAGUUCCUGGAAGUUCAGAUGAAGAGACGCUUGCAUUCCUUUUUUCGGAGGAUACGUUGCGCUGCAGAUUUGUUUCCCAGGACUUUGGUCUCCUUCGUUACAACGGAUUGGCACAUGUUGUUGGUAAGAAGGGUAUUUUGAAGGAUGCACUCGUCCGUGUGACUACCUUGUUGCGUUUCAGGCACCAUAAACCCAAGGAGCUCUUCGUACCAAUGGUAAACGCGUUACUACUCUCUAGUUCUACGCUGGCGGCCGUAGAAGACUGGACUGGGGUAACUGUUAUGACGCGUGAAUCGAUUAAUGGUUCUGUACUCGUGAUAUACGGUGGGACUGAGCAGCAGGAUGAAUGUGUGAAGCAAGUCAACGAUAUAUUGAGCACCCAUGUGGAAUAUCCCUUCGAUUUGUCUCCGGCUCACAUGGCGGUUUUGUCCGACAACAAGUACCGCAUCAUACGAGACCUUGAGCAAAAGACACAGGUCCACGUUGUUAUGAAGAAAGAUAACAAUCGGUUGGUGUUCCAUGGACAAAAGGAAAAGGUGGAUGAAGCCGUGGAUGUCCUGAAGGCGUUCACUAAUAAUUUCAUUUGUCUAGAUCAUACUAAGGUUAGUGAAGUAACACUCUCCGGCGAGUUUUAUGCGUGGCUGCGCGUACCCAAGCGUCACAUCGGAGCGGUGAUAGGUAAGGGUGGAUCGACACUUCGUGAAAUCAUCGAUAGCUCCGGUCUACGCAACAUGUUUGUGAGCCGUGGUGACAGUAGUGAUGAUAUCGUAUGUUUUGAGGGUGACAAGGGUGCUGUACAGCGCGCCUUGGAGGUACUAAGUCAUAUUUUGGAGUUUGAUGGUGUGAACCAGCAGGAUAGUCCUGUGGAGGAUGUUUUUGUCGGCAAGUACAGCAGUUCUCACUCAGUGCUGCGCCACAAUGCUGCUCCCAUAAGCCGCCGCCAGACAAGCGUACGAUCAAACGGCACUAACCCGAUCGUGUUCGACUGCCGCGACGAUGAUUUUCCCGCUCUAGGCAGCAAAAUGUGA